UUCCGAACGACGAGAAAUCAGCACUCCGGUGCGAAAGGGUCACUCGAUCCACUCGCAGCAGGAGACCAUAGUAUAUAGGAAUUGCCAAUGUACGAGAUUGUGUCAAAUGGGUGUCAUGCAAUAUAAUUGAAUUUUCCUACCUAGCUACAUGCAUACACAACACAAAAAUACGAUUUCGCUUAAAGCUAGAACAUUGAAUUAGUAAAACUUAUCCUAAAAUAGUUAAAAUCUAGUUAAAAUCGACACAAAUUGUUGGACAGUGGACAGGUUUAAAGCCUAGGACUAGAAAUCUAAAAAGCUGACUCAUGUGGAGCAAAAAUACGAGUCACGCUAUAUGAUCGUCCGCAUAAAUUUCCGAGACUGUCCCAACAAAACUUUUUAGAUUUCUAUUGAGAAAUCUUACGAAGAUGUCGACUUCCGCGAAUAUUCCUGGUGCCACGGGACCAAGUACAGAACCGAUGGGGCAAAGCUGCCUACAAAGUGCAGAAUCGCAGAAGCAAGGCGAUCCUAACCUCAAUUCGGGCGUACAUCGGGAAGGUUCCGGUGCUGUAGCGUCAAUCAUCGCCAGUUCCAGGAAGAGUCGAUCAUCUAGAGCGAGUUCCCGAGCAUUACGUGCUUCCCUGGAGCUUCAGCGCCUCGAGGAAGAAAAGCGUCUGGAGAAGGAGUUCAUCGCCAAGAAAUACGCGGUCCUGCAGGCUCAGCUCGACCAAGACGAAGAAGGUAGCAGCAGUAGCGGUAAUACACGUAAAUCCUCCAGUGCCCGCUCACGAAGAACGCACGAUUGGGUACAGAGCCAGUUUGUCCCGACUACGAGUAACACCACCGGACCACAAACGAUCCCCGUGGGUUCUCAGUCCCGGACCGGCACCAUCCCCAAGGUUGUUCCAGUGACUAGCCGCUUGGACGAGUCGAUAGUGUCCCAAAUGCGAUCGUUAUCCAUCAAUAAGGAUCCGGCGCCAGUGGACAAAGUUGCACCGAGCGUACAGCAAACUGCCAUAUCAUCGUUUAUCCCGACACGCCGUCGGUUAGCUCACCUGCAAGCUCAAAAUGACGUGCACGAUACCGUGCAGACUAUCGAGACGGACUGCGACGACGGUGCUGUAGGUGGCUUCAAGACGUUUUCGACGGAUCAUCAGGUGCUGCCGACUGCGGUGAAUUUCUCCAUUUCUCCUACCACACCGGAGGCGUUGAUGGAGCAGCUGAGCGAGGUCCAAAGGUGUGCGGACAGCCUCCAGCAGCAGUUGAUGGCCAAGACACCCGGUCAUACUCAAGAUCCAGAGCGAAACCCGGACGAAGCCCGGCAAUUCCUGCCAACGCAAUCAUCGACGGUGAAUGUGCCAAGGCCGGCGCGCAAAGUUGCAUACGAAUUUCCGCCCAUCGACGGUAGUAUCAGAGUCACCAGCUCGGUUAGUCAUACGUGCUCCAAUACUAUUACAACACUUGCCCCGCAACUGAAUAUUAUAAGCUCGCUCGAUUCAUCACCACCGGCACGAGCUGUCGAACAAAUAAAUAAAACACCCCCUCCGGCCACCGGACCAUGCUUACUUCCCCCCAUUCUACCAUUCGUUCCUGCACAUAUGAGUACGCCUCAAGCCCAUUCUACUCCCCCCUCCGUGCACACAGUUUCCUCUCGAUUGACUCCAAUCAUGUCGCCGAUGGUUCCCACAUCUUCCCCCAUCGCCUCUGCCGUUUCCACCGCCAACGAUGUUGCCCGGCGACAGCUAUUCAGUGGUCCAAACUCACAACAACUCGCCGCCAGACACGUCGUGCCCAGAGAGCUUCCUGCUUUCACCGGUGAUCCAGUCGAGUGGCCGUUGUUCCUGAGCUGCUACCAGAAUACGACCGAUAUGUGUGGCUAUUCCGAUGGAGAAAACCUGAUGCGGCUGCAGCGGUGCCUGAGGGGAAACGCACUGGAAGCUGUUCGAAGCCAUCUGAUGCAUCCUUCAUCUGUGCCGCUGAUCAUCGACACGUUGAAAACGCUGUAUGGACGUCCAGAACAGAUCAUCAGCUCGCUACUCUCCAAGCUUCGUGCAACGCCAACCCCCAAGUCGGAACACCUGGAGAGUUUGAUCGGUUUCGGUUUGGCAUGCAAAAACCUUUGUAGCCACCUCCAAGCAACGGGUCUUCAUGAUCACCUUUCUAAUCCAUUGUUGCUUCAGGAGUUGGUGAGUAAGUUGCCAGCCACCCUUAAGCUGAACUGGUCACUCUUCAAGCGUCAACAUGUGCACGCCGAUCUUACUACGUUUGGCAACUACAUGGACCAAAUUGUGACAGCCGCCAGCGAGGUGACGUUCUUCAGUGAAGCAGAUGGACAUCGUGGCAAACAAGAGAAACAGAAGACGAAGGAGAAAAUGUUCGUGCACGCCUCUGAGGAGAAGAUAGUUGAAAGUGUUGCUGUCAAUCGUCAGGAGAACAAGCCGAAACCCUGUGUAUCAUGCAAGAAGGACGGACACAGAAUCAAGGAUUGCCACACCUUCCGCAAGAUGCAACUGGCAGACCGCUGGAAAUUAGUGCAAGAGCGAUUCCUAUGUCGUCACUGUUUGGGUUCUCACGGAAAGUUCCCAUGCAAGGCAAGCAACUGUGGGGAGAAUGGUUGUGAGGAUCGUCACCACAAACUCCUUCAUCCGGGAAAUCCCCAAUCAUCCCGAGCAACCGAACCACCGGCAACUACAAGCACAGUUACCGUUCACCGUCAGCUCAAGCAAACCGUACUGUUCCGGAUUCUUCCAGUUUCACUACACGGGAAUGGUAAGACAAUUAGGACCUAUGCUUUCCUCGACGACGGCUCAUCUAGAAAUCUGGUGGAAGCGAAGGUAGCUGCUGAACUCGGAGUGACCGGCAACGUACAUCCACUCUGCUUGCAGUGGACCAGUGGAGUUGAGCGGAUGGAAGACGAAUCACAGCUGAUAAAGUUGCAGAUUUCGGGUGCGACGAACACCACAAUGCUGGACUUGAAGGAAGUGCAUACCGUCAAGAAUCUCAACCUUCCGGUUCAGUCGUUGAACUUCAGCGAACUUUCCAAGCAGUUCGCACAUCUGCAAGGACUACCCGUCCAAAGCUACGCGGAUGCCAUUCCUACAAUCUUGAUUGGUUUGGAUAAUUCAUUUGUGAUGGCAACACGUAAAAGCAGAGAAGGACCAAGAGGUAGCCCAAUCGCAGCUAAAACUCGGCUUGGUUGGGCAGUCUACGGAAGCACAUCCAACGAAGCUGAUCGAUCAGUUCAUCAGCUGUUCCACAUUUCUAUCCGCUCACCCGAUCAGGAGCUUCACGACCUCGUUAAGGAGUUUUUUUCUAUGGAAAGUGCGGGUGCAGCAACCUCUACGAUGGAAAGCGACGAUGAUCGACGUGCACGACAAAUUCUGGAAGAAACUACUGUGCGAACGGAGUCGGGAAGGUUCCAGACAGGCUUGUUGUGGAAGGACAACCACGUGGAGUUCCCGAACAGCCGGCCCAUGGCAGAAAAGCGAUUCCGCUGUCUUGAGCGCCGCCUAGCAUCAAAGCCCGACCUGUACGACAACGUGAAGACCCAGAUCAGUCAAUACCAAGCCAAGGGAUACGCACAUAAGGCGAGUCCGGAGGAAUUAGCCAGUUUCGAUCCAAAGCGGACUUGGUUUCUUCCACUGAACGUCGUUACGAACCCGAGGAAACCGAACAAGGUGCGAUUAGUGUGGGAUGCGGCCGCUAAAGUCCAAGGCCAGUCGUUCAAUUCUGCUCUCCUUGCUGGACCGGACUUUCUCACCCCGCUUCCUUCGGUUUUGUCAUCGUUUCGCCAGUUCGAGGUGGCCAUCAGCGCUGAUAUCUGCGAGAUGUUUCAUCAGAUCUUGAUUCGACCUGAGGACCGGUCGGCACAGCUAUUCUUGUGGCGGGAUGAUCCAUCUGAGCCCUUCGAGGUCUUCGUCAUGGACGUCGCGACGUUUGGCUCCACCUGCUCACCUUCUGCAGCCCAGUUUGUAAAAAAUCGGAAUGCCGAGGAGUUUGCUGAAGAGUUUCCGCAGGCAGCGGAGGCAAUUACGAAGCACCAUUAUGUGGAUGAUUUUCUGUGCAGCGUGGACACCGAGCAAGAAGCAGUCGAACUGGCAGAGCAGGUGAAAUUAGUGCACUCGAAGGCCGGUUUCGUCAUUAGAAAUCGGCUGUCGAACUCGAGUUACGUUCUAACACGGGUCGGGGAGCAGCCAACAGAUUCGGCAAAGAAAAUUUGGACCGACAAAUCGGCCGCUUACGAACGGGUUCUCGGCAUGAUCUGGAAGCCUGAACCAGAUGUCUUCGUCUUCCAAGGCGUGUUCCGAGAAGGAAUUCUGGCUCUCAUCUCGGAUAACGUUGUUCCGACCAAAAGAGAAGUACUGCGGACGGUUAUGAGCAUCUUCGACCCCCUCGGACUGGUAGCCAUUUUCGUCAUCCACGGGAAGGUGCUUGUGCAACAUAUUUGGCGCUCUGGACUCGGUUGGGACGAACGUUUGUCGGACACUCUGCUAGACCAGUGGAAACGAUGGGUCAAGUUACUGCAGCAGCUAGACGAAGUUGCAAUCCCACGCUGCUACUUUCCUGGCUACUCUUCCGAAGACUACACGUCCGUCGAGCUCCAUAUCUUUGUGGAUGCAUCCGAGGAAGCCUUUGCAGCAGUGGCCUAUUUCCGAAUAGUUGAAGGAACAAGAGUUCGAUGUUCAUUGGUAUCGGCAAAAACGGGGCUACCUUCGUCGAUUCCCAGGCUGGAAUUGUCAGCUGCCGUUCUCGGGGCUCGGCUUUCAAAGUCCGUUAUCGAGAACCACACGAUCCCAAUCAAACGGAGAACGUUCUGGAGUGAUUCCUGCACCUUUCUCUCCUGGUUGCGGGCAGAUCCCAGAAAAUAUCGGCAGUUCGUUGCAUUUAGGCUGACAGAAAUCCACGAUCUGACGCAGGUCGACGAAUGGCGGUGGGUGCCAUCACGCAUGAAUGUCGCUGACGAUGCUACAAAGUGGGGUAAAGGUCCCGAUAUCAGCUCAGGCAGUCGCUGGUUCCAAGCGCCUACAUUCCUGUACGAGCAUCCAGAUUCGUGGCCACAGCAGACGACGAAAGCAGAGGAACCCUUGGAAGAACUUCGACCGGUUCACCUUCACCAUGGCGUCGACAGGGAGCAGUUGCUGCAUUUUGAACGGUUCUCGAAAUGGGAACGCUUAGUUCGUGCUAUGGCCUACGUGCGGCGGUUCAUAGACAAUCUCCGAUUCAAGGCAAAGAAGCAGUCACCAAAUAACACGAAAUGGUUAAGUCGGGAUGAACUGCAGCGAGCGGAGACAACCGUUUACCAGCAGAUCCAGCACGAGGCCUUCGAAGACGAGCUAGUUAUUCUGAAGAGAAACCGAAAACUUCCCAUCGGUGAACAACAGAAGUUUGAGAAAACCAGCAAAAUCCUCAAACUUUCGCCUUUUUUGGACGAGAAAGGUGUCAUCCGGAUGGACGGUAGGAUUGCAGCUGCGCAACAGGUAUCCUUCGACUUCAAGUUCCCGGUCAUUCUUCCCAAGAGACACAACGGGACGAAACUUCUUGUCGAUUGGUACCAUCGGCAGCACAAACACUGCAAUGCUGAAACGGCUGUGAACGAGAUGCGCCAAAAAUUCCACGUGUCGGAGAUAAGGGUGGCCUUCAAGCAAGCCGGGAAGCAGUGCCAGUGGUGUAAAGUGUACAAGGCGGCUCCAGAGAUCCCAAGGAUGGCUCCACUUCCACAAGCGAGGACUGCGUCACAUGUUCGGCCAUUCACCUACGUCGGCGUGGACUAUUUCGGGCCGAUGUUGGUUAAGCAAGGACGCAGCGAGGUGAAACGUUGGGUCGCGUUAUUCACCUGCUUGACCAUACGCGCAGUACAUCUGGAGGUGGUGCAUAACCUGACAACGGAGUCCUGCAAGAUGGCGAUCAGGCGAUUCAUCGCACGGAGGGGGGCCCCGAGGGAAAUAUUCAGCGACCGGGGAACAAACUUCGUGGGUGCUAGCCGCGACCUCAAAAUAGAGUUGCAGCGCAUCAACAGCAACCUGGCUGGCACGUUCACCAAUGCGGACACACAGUGGCGUUUCAACCCUCCUUGCACACCGCACAUGGGGGGAUCUUGGGAACGCAUGGUCCGGUCGGUUAAAAGCGCGCUUGCAUCAGUGUCUACCGGUGGCAAGCCGGAUGAUGAGACACUUCGUACGCUACUGAUAGAGGCAGAAUCCAUCGUUAACUCGAGGCCACUUACGUACCUACCGAUCUACUCUGAGGAGCAAGAAGCGCUUACCCCGAACUGCUUCCUAAUGCUCAGUACCAGCGGUGUCAACCAGCCGGCUAGGGAACCGGUCGAAGCAAUAGCGAUGGCACGUUGUAAUUGGGACCUCUGCAAGCAGCUGUUGGACAGGUUCUGGGAUCGGUGGGUGAAAGAAUAUCUGCCAACGAUUACCAAGCGCACCAAGUGGUUCAAGGACUACAAGCCUGUUCAAGUAGGAGAUUUGGUGGUAGUAGUGGAGGACCGGAUUCGGAAUGGAUGGUUGAGAGGACGAGUGCUCCGCGUGUUCCCAGGACGAGACGGCCGUAUACGGAAUGCGGAAGUAGCGACUGCCAGUGCAGGAGUGCUGGUUCGGUCGGUAGCGAAGCUGGCGGUUCUGGAAGUCGGAGGUACCGCUGAAGUAGACUUCGAGCAAUACGGGUCGGGGGAUGUUCCGAACGACGAGAAAUCAGCACUCCGGUGCGAAAGGGUCACUCGAUCCACUCGCAGCAGGAGACCAUAG